GCGCAUACGGCCGGGGCCAAAGCUCUCUUGCUUAGUCUGGCAUUUUUUACUGAACACGUUACAGACCCGUGCGAUUAAAAUUCGAGUGAAAACUCCUGAACGAAGCGAUUCGAUCACAAUCCGAACGAUAGCACCCACAAAAUUUAUGAGAUAAUUAUAAUCAGGUGUUGGAGUAUCAAUGUGAAACCUCAGAAUGGCUGCGCCCGCCUUGGGCAAGUGGAUGAUCCUGCCUUUAUUUUUGCUGUUAUUUUACGUUGGAUAUGGCUUUCGAAUUCGUGAUAUCGGACAGACGGGAUCGAUUGAGCACAGCGAAUGUUCAGGACCUGGCAAAUAUCCUGAUGAUGGUGGACAGGUGACCCCUGGUUAUCUUAAAAAACGAGGGGAAAGUGGUGGUGGAACCCGUGAACGUUAUGAUCCACGACAACCACCUGCAAAGGAAGAUGAUCAGAGGUUCGAUGAGCAGGGGAAGAGUCAAUCGAGAAUUCGCAACAAAAGACUUGCUCCAGAAAGUAAAGUCAAGCACCUGGAGGAUGGGUACAGAAUGAUUGAUGGUGAAGAUGCAGAUGGUGAGGAUAAUUCUGACGAAACGGAAGAGGUUACGAUUGAUAGUGUUGAUGACAAUGAUGAUGAUGAUGAAUAUGGAAAGGGCAGAAGUGAAUCUCUUGGUAAAAACGAACCUGUUAAAAAAGAGAGAUGGAGUUUUCGUGGAGUUGAAGUUGAAGAAUCGGCCAGUGACGAAGACGAUAAUGUUGACACGAUUCCUAUUAAUAAACGUGGCGAUGGAAACAAGGUAUUGAAGAAAUCCGAGGCAACCCUCAAAGCUGAUGACAAAAGGAAAUCCGAGAAAGAUCAGAGUGAUGAGAGUCCGAAAGGUGAGGAUGAGGAUGAAACUGAGGAGGUGGAGAUCGAGGAGGACAAGCCAAUCCGUAAAUUGCAGAAAGUCAGAUUAGCUGAUAAGAUAAAAGCUAAACCUGUUGAAGUGACGAUUAAGACUGUUGAGAGAGAGAUAAAAAAGGAAGAGACAUCAAAGGUGAAGGAUAAACCGAAGAUUGAGAGGAUUGAACGGAAAAUUGAGGAAGGGAAUGACAAAUUAUCUCCGCCUACACCUUCUGAAUAUGAGAAAACAGAAUCGAAGCCCUUGAUACCACCGAAAGAAGAAGUUCCAAUUUCCAAAUCAGAAUCAAAACCAGAAAAAAUAUCUUCGGAGAAGGAAGAGAAAUCAGUCGUGUCUGAAAAAGGAAAAAAGAAAAUAGAAGAGAAUAAGCGGAGGCCAAAGGAAACCCCGAAGAAGCCAGAGAUGAAAAAAAUUGAGGAGAAGAAAAAAUCGAAGGGGAAUUCCACAGGAAAAAUUGGAGACAAACAAACUAGAGCUGAAUUAAUAGUUAAAAAAGUGCCUGAAACUAGUAAAAAAAAACCGGAACAAUCAAAGACUCUUCACCGGGGCUCAAUUUCCCUCGUCGAUUUGAACAAAAUGAUAUUAAAUUUACCAAAUUUCAUGCCAAAUUUCACAGCCGUUGACGAUCCUGUCUGUCAACAGCACGGCAAAAUUUUUCUUCGACAAUUGAGGGGCCGGAAAUUGUGGGCGCUGCAAAUGUUGGACUCGAGUGGCAAGAUGCCCUCAGGACUUUUGCGCGGGAAUGCCAAUCAAUUUGGAGAUUUCGAUCAAUGCCUUGGGGUAUCAUCUAAAAUCAGACUAGAUGACAAACAAACUUUGAGAAUUCAGGGUAAAUAUUGUCUAGCAUCUGUGGACAUCCAAGCAAUUACACCAGAGACUAAAGUGCCGGUUCAUCUGAUGCAGAGUCGUGGAUUCUUACGAGGGAGCAUGAAAGACAGUGGGCAUUUCGUGCCAAAAUUCACGACCAUCAACUGGGCACUCUGCAUACCAUCAGGUUGUUCUGCUGGUGAUGCCAGAAGUGCUGUUGAGGCUGGAUUGGCUCGCAUCAAUGAAACAUCAGGUGUCAAAUUUAUCGUCGACGUGAACCCCAACAUGUGCUACAUUCAAGAGAAAUCAUCUAGCUUCUCCAAAGAAACAAUCGGUGUACUAUAUUUCUACGCGAUGAUCUUCUGUUUAGUCUUGAUUGCUACAGUCCGGGAUUAUAUCGUCGUUUCAGAGAAAGCAAGUUAUUCGGAGAGGAUAAUCAUGUCGUUCUCACUCCGAAGAACAUUGAAAUCCCUGACGAAACCGAUAUCUCUGCACUCAGGAGAAAUCAGUUGUAUUCAUGGAAUUCGAGCUCUAGCUAGUAUCGCUCUGUACGUGGGCCAUAAAAUGAUUCCCACUGUUGGAAUGCCUUAUACAAAUCGAAUAGUCUUGACUGAGAUUGCGAAUAAUCCUGUAAGCUCUGUGUUACGGGUGUCAUUGGUGUACACAGAUUCAUUUUUAUUAUUGAGUGGAGUCUUGAGUGCCUUCCACAUGGCGCGAGAGUCAUCAACACUAGGAGAAAUUCGGUGGUUCUGCAGAUUCAUUGCGAGAAUAAUCAGACUGACACCAUCACUUUUAGUCGUCAUUUUUUGGUAUGCGUAUGUCAUGGAACACACGGGUUCUGGCCCCCAGUGGAACAACAUAAUAACAACAAAUGCUGAUUUAUGCAAAAAAAAUUCGUGGACUAAUUUUUUGUACAUCCAGAACUUCUUUCCUUUCGAAGAAAUGUGUGCGACUCAUACACAUCAGCUGGCCCUAGACAUGCAGCUCUCCCUGCUAUCACCUGCUCUCGUAUUUUUUCUUCUCGUCAAGCCCAUAAUAGGAAUUUUACUCAUUUUUUUCUUCCUCCAAGUGUCCGCUACGAUGCGCUAUUUUGUUACAACCAACAAUAAUCUGUCACUCGUUAUUUUCCACGGCAUGACAGCAAAACAUCUGUAUAAAACUGCAAACUUGACGUACGCUCUGCCUCUUCAUCGAGCUACUCCAUAUUUAUUUGGAGUUAGCCUUGGAGUUCUUCUGCAAUAUACCGGGAAGAACAUCAAAAUUUACAGAAUUUUUGUCAUUCUUGGAUGGAUGGCAGCUGCAUUUUUAGGGAGUUGGUCACUAUUUUCCCCUUGGAGGACAGCCAGAAGAGAUUAUGUCUACAAUGUUGAAGAAUCAGCUCAUUACGCAGUGAUAGGACCAGUCUCCUGGGCACUGGCCAUUUGCUGGAUAAUCUUCGCGUGUUUCACUGGUCACGGUGGUUUCGUCAAUAAAUUCUUAUCAAACUAUUGGCUCGUUCUGUUCUCAAGAAUCUCUUACUCAGUCUACCUCACACAAUUCGCUGUAUUUUUCUACAACGUGGCAACCACAAGAUACUCCUCUGAAUUCCACCUUCUCAAAAUUGUGGAUCCAUACGAAAUUCUUACAGUAAUCUUCGUAUCAGUACUUCUUACGUUAUUCUUGGACAUUCCAACUCAAGAAAUAAAGAACGUUUUGAUGGAGAGCACAGACACGUCUCAAUUGACAACAGCGCAAGCUGCGGAGUCAAAAACCUUGAAGACAUGCGUUAGAAAGCCAUCGAAAACACCGGAGCCUCAAGAGUACGAGGAGAAUGCGUCGUGGAAGAGAAAGCAAAUUGAGGGGGACUAUUCAGGAGAGGAGGAUCUCCGCUGGAGGUCUCGGAAGCCAAACGGAAAGCAGAAGCUCUUCGUCAGACGAAACUCCAGAGAUGACGAUGGGUACAGGCCCUGGGGGACGAAAGAGUCAGUGGAAAGAAGAAGAAGUAGCAGCACCCAAAGAACCCUUUACGUCGACCCUGACACGAGGGCUCGUGAACUUACACCAGGUCGACAAGAAGAAAGCCGUGACCCUCAGCAAUUCAGGAAAACCCCGGAUCCUAAUCCAAAGACUUCACACGAUCAUAAAACCUCGAAAAGAGAUCGCUCUACGUCCAGACGAUCAGAUCGAGGAUUUUAUCGUGAGUCAGAGUCUCCAAUUCCUCCGAAACCCUCAAAACCUGAGGUUCGAGGGCGAUCCCCAAGACCUCGACGUACUCCAAUUCGUCUGACUUCGUCAGGGAGUGAAGAGGAGCCAAAGAAAAUCAAGGGGAAAGGCUUGAGAUAUCCAGUGGAACGGCCACGCGUGAGUGACGAGGAAGACUGGGAGCAAGAGCUCAGGAUAAGGAGACAAAAGUUCAGAGAGAGAAUGAUGUCUGCUGAACGUCAAGAACCAAAAGUCGAGAAGGAGGAGUCAACGGAUGUCAGCAGGAGAUCAUCGGCGGAGGGAAAGAUAGCGCUUUUGCAGGGUCCAACUGGAACGAGGGUGAUGGAGGCUUGGACUGUCAGUAAAGGGCCUAGAGUAUCGGUUGCAUCUUCGCAGGAACCCACAGACACCGAGGAAGAGUCACGUUACAUUCACGACUUCGAGGAUGAGCCGAUCCCUGAACGACGGGGCAGUCUCGAUUCACUGGCCAAGCAGGACAUUCAUUUCUCCUUCAGGACCGACAUCAAGACAAAAACUCUGAUGGAUUUAAGACAGAUAUCUGUUGAGGAUGAAAGCUACGAGCAGAAGGAAGAGGUUGUGGGAGAGCUAGUGCCUGUGGCCACUGGGAAAUUAUUCAAACGCGAGUCGAUUAUCAAGAGUCAAGCCAGUGAAGAAGAUCCUGAGUAUUUGCUACCAGAGAGACCAAAGCUUGUGGAGCAGGAGCAAGAGCAUCCUUUCAAGAAGGCAUGGCAGAUGCAGAAGUCAAGGUCAGAGGAGGAUGGGCCUGCAGCGUUUGUAUUCAAAGAUGUUAGGGCACAAUCAGAGGCUGGACAGAGCAAUAAAGAAAGUGCUGAUGAUAAUCAGGACAAAUCUUCUCGCAGUGAUCAGACUUUCCAGCUGAUCGUCGAAGACGUGGACUCUGGAAACUGGGAGAGUGGAAGAUUUGAGGGGAGCAGAUCCAGUGUCACAGGGUCAAGUAUCACUGGAUCCAGUGAAGACAUGGAGAUGGAGGAUGAAGAGAUCGAUUCGCGACAGUCCGGAAAUGAACCGGAGGAUUACAGUGGAAUCAGCACAACCUCCAAUGGCGUGGAAGGGCCUCAGGUAGAGUGGACCAGUGGAGAUGAUCAAUUCGGGAGGCACAGAAGGAGAGACACUGAAGCCUGGGAGCAGGAGAGUGACAGAACAUGAGACGUUUCAAUUAUUUUCAUUCUAUCAUGUGCUCUGGAUAUUCUGGAAUAUCUAUUCAAAUAUAUGAAUACUUUAAUUCGUAAUAAAUUAUACAAUUGUACUUGGA